AUCGAGACCUUAUGUGUUCGUAUGCAUAAUAAUACAGCAUUCAUUGGUACUGAACCAAUCUCACAGUUCAUUGUUUCUACGGCAAACGAAUGUCAAAAAAUUUGUAUGGAUCAAUAUCCUGAUUGUACUGCAGUGGUGUUUUAUUAUACGAAUAAUAGCAAUAAAAAGAAUUUCUGCUACUUGUUCAGUCGCAACACCGUUAAUGCCAACGUAACGCUCGUACCCGAAAAGCCACUUAGCGAGUGGGAUAUAGUGAGAGCAUUAGAGAUCGUAGUAGACUGUCGUGAAUUUGAUCCGUUUCCACCACUUCAAGAUUCAUUCGUCAUGUCCUCGGAUAAAGUCAAUCGCGAAAAACGAGGAAUAGGAUUUCAUCGCCCAAUCAAAACAACUGGGUCGUGGUCAUCGUGGUCAGUGUGCUCAAAAUCAGGGAUGCAAUCUCGCUCACAAGCGUGUGAGUAUGGUCGUAAAGUACAGCGGCGUUCUUGUCCAUUGAACUCUCAGAGUACAACUGCCAGUUACGUGAUCCUAGAGCCAUUUCGUGAUAUGCAAUAUCCACCAGUGCCCUAUGCACAUCCGCAUUCGAAUUCGUUUAUUCACCCCGCAGUGCCGUUCCCCACGCCAUGUCCUGCUUCGUGUCCAUUUGCAAAAGUUUCUUUGGGACCAAUUAAUCAACCUUAUAUAACCAUCAAUGCCACAGCACAUAAAUCGAAUGAAUUCGAUCAAACAAAACAUUUCAAAGUUGAAAGUGAACGGAAAGGAGGAUGUGCGAAUCGCAGUAAUAACUAUGAGGAAUAUAUAGUCGGUGAUACAAACGAACAUGGAGACAAUUUAAGGGAAUCUUUACAAACCAAUCAACAACAGCGUAAUAAAUUCGACGAGCGAAUUUCUAUCGCAAAUUGGUCAACAUGGUCAGCAUGGUCUCAUUGUUCGGUGAGUUGUGCUUCUGGUGUGAAAACAAGGAGUCGCGUUUGUAAAGGAGGUGAUAUUUGUCAUGGCGAGAGUAGUGAAACAACAUCGUGUCAAUUGGAGCAAUGCAGCUCAUGGUCUGACUGGUGUGAAUGGAGUGCAUGUAAAGCAUCUUGUGGGAUGGGUGAACGAACAAGAAGGCGUUUCUGUGAUCUGGGAUAUCUGCGAUGCAAAGGAUCAGAUUUUGAGGCAAUAGUUAUUUAUUGGUACAGUUCAUACCCACGAGCCGUUUAUAGAAAUAUUCUCUCAGUCGGGAAAUGCGAUGCUGGAGCGUGUCCUGAAUGGACAUCAUGGGGAGAGUGGUCACUGUGUACGGUCACAUGCGGUGGUGGAUUGAUACGAAGAAAUCGAUUCUGCCGUAAUGGAAUCUGCCAGGGUAAAAGUGUCGAAGAAAUGCAAUGUGAUGAAGAGGUGUGUCCGCACUGGUCUGAAUGGUCAGCGUAUUCGAAAUGUGAGAGUAGUGAGCAGAUACCUUGCCCGAAUGUCAUUCCUUGCCCAGAAUGGGAUGAAUGGAGCGAUUGGUCGCAGUGUUCAGUAAUUCAAUCGAACAACUGUCAUGUAAUCUUAUGCCGUGUGCAUUUUGGGCAGAGUGGCAAGGAUGGUCGUCUUGUAGUGAAACCAUGGGAUGUAAUGAGCAUGAAUGCUGCUCUUGGUCAGACUGGCAGCCGUGGAGCAAUUGUGAUCGUUUAUGCGGAGGUGAAGGCACUUGAUGAGGAGUUUAUGACCAAAGCUCUGUGGAUUGCUGCAAUUAUAACAAAGAUUUAUGCUACAGAAAUAACAUCGUCGAGUAAUGAAACGUGUCAGUGUGAUGGGAAUGUUGCAUAUGAAAACAACGAUUGCAACAUGCACUUAUGUAAACCACUAUGUGGCUGGACUGAAUGGUGCCCGCAGUGCGUCGGUGAUCUUGGUUGUAACUGUUAUGGAGUUGCGGAUGAAACGCAUCCAUGCCGAUCAGAAUGUAUAUUUCCAAGACUAUUGCAUCAUAAGACUGUUACGAUAGAUCUAUGUCCUGACAGCAUCACAACUCCUUCUACAUCAUGCCACUGA